AUGCCGAUGCAGCUGCAAAUCAUCACCGCUGAACGCGAGGUGUUCUCCGGCGAGGUGGACGCGCUGGUUGCCCCCGGCGUUGCCGGGCAACUGGGGAUACUUCCCAACCACGCCCCGUUGAUGACGGUGCUGGAACCGGGUGAGUUGCUGGUGCGCACCGGCGGCGACGAUAGUUACCUCGCCCUGUCCGGCGGCUAUCUGGAAGUGCUGGGCAAUCAGGUCAUCGUGCUCGCCGAUGCGGCCGAGGACGUGGACGAGAUUGACGAGGCACGGGCUCAGGAAGCCUUGGCGCGCGCUCAGGAACGCAUCUCCAGCCGCGAAACCGACAUCGAGCUGGAGCAGGCCGUAGCGUCUUUGCGUCGGGCCCAGGUGCGCGUGACCGUGGCCCGCCGCCGGCGUUCGACGCCGCACCGCUCACUGUCGCGGCAAGCCCAGCAGUAA